AUGCUGUCAACAGAGGAGUCGAACCGCCCUGGAUUGGAGGGACUCAUUUCUCAUUUUUUCGCCAAGGGUGCUGUCUACGACGCAGAGGACAAUGCUUCCACGUCGCGAACAUGUCUUCCUCUUCAACCACUGGGUAUUGGUCGAAUUAACGCAAUGCGCUUCCUGUGCCACCUCAUCUUCAACUGUCACGGUGUGGAAGGUGCUGAGGUCGUUGAACAGUUCGCUCAAUUGGAUUUCAUUGGCAACAUGGUGGACCUUUUCUUCGCCUUUAAAUGGAAUACUUUGAUGCACUGUACCCUGGAAUUCCUCACUCAGGUCAUCCUUCGUCGAGCCUUCCACUACUCGCCUGCUCCAAAGGAAUCAGUGGUCCCGCUCGAGGCCACCAGUGGUACCGCCGCUGCUGCUAGUCCUUCCACCAACACCUCUGGCCAGCAACCACAGGAGGAGGUCACAUCGGCGGGGCCAUUGCCCUAUUCACUGCCGAAUUCUCUGAGGCCUUAUGGCAAAAUUCUUCAUCAGAUGUUGGUAAAACACCGUUUCCUUGAUCGUCUACUCACCGCGUGGGAUUUCGACAAGAUUUCCAAGGGUAAGGCGGGCUUCCGUCGAGCGGGAUACAUGGGUCACCUGCAGGAGAUGGCAUUACGCUUUGCCUGGUACUUCUGCCCAGGCCUGACCGAGUCGCUAGACUACCCGACCUUGAAGGACAGUGACGUAGCAGCACUGGAUGACGAAGCUUUUUGGUGGCAGCCGCAUGGAAGCGAUGGCAGCGGGGACAGUGGUGAUGGUAGUGGAGGUGGUGAUGGAAAGGCGAUGGAGGAGGACACGAUGAAUAGGAAUCUCUUGUAUUGGGAAUCGAAUAUACGGAAAUGCAUACUUGGAGAUUUGCCCAGUACCACGCUGGAACGUUUCAAUAACUUCAUCUCGAGUGAUCUGCGACAAGCAGUUCGCGUUUCCAACGUGGAACACCUUCGAAAUCUCAAAGUAACCCUUGUUGGAACUCCAAAUAAAUUGAAACGGACUUCGCCUACUUUGCUUUCUCCAGAAGCUGCUCUCCAGGCUUACAAUCACUAUAAGACGCAGCCUCUCACACUAGCAUUCACAGAAAACUUCGGUUUUCGGGAGAACGAAUUUGAGGUCCCUUCCGGCGUUUUAGAGGAGUUAUUGGACUCGCUUCUCGGCGAUCUCGGUGCCUCGUUGAUCAUGCAAGAAUACACAGAAGCCGAAGCUUUGUUCGAUGAAGUCUGUAACACAAUCAUAAAAACGCCAGAUGGAAUGGAAGUUGGUAACGUGUCUGCUGGAUGUCCGGUGAUCUGCAUAGAACCACAGAGAAAUCAAAGUACAGCAUCGGUGAUACAACUUCCAUCACCUUCACAGCAGCUAUCGCCAUCGAAGUCCCGUGAAAGGGUAUCUUUGUGCGCUGCCAGACGAAGAGAUUCCGCGGAGAGACAGGCACAAAGCUACAACGUUCGGUCAAUAGACUGGCUGACCGGAGUGUUUGAUGAGGUGCAUACGGAGAUUCUGCUGGAGUCCGAGGACACAUUAACUUUAUUUGACAGUGAGGAGGUUGAAGAAGCGAGGCUGCCACAAGAUAUGUCAGAUCAGGCGGAGAUAUCGGAAAUGGACUUCUUCCACUGUGCACUCUCGCCCGUUCCCUCUACUCGCAGUCCGACUACCGUGGGUGAAAAGGAGAAGGAGAAAGAAGAGAAAGAGAUCAGCGACGAUUUGGCUGGUCUUGAAAAUGAUUUGCGCACCCAAUUAGCAUUGGUGCCGGGGCCGACCCUGAGCAACGGCCGUCCGAUGAUGUCGUUUGGCCGAUCGAGACGAUUAGUCUCCAAUACCGAAUCUCUCUUCGAACCCCUGAGUCCACCAUUUGAUCGAUGGCCAGUCACAUCAAGGUCACUGAGUGCUUUAAAUUCACCUGAUUUACCAGAUUCUGAAAGUCUGGUGCUUCCACGUCUGAUUCUUGAUCGCGACUUGAGAUUGAGCUCGAACUCUUCUCAACAAGGCGAAACUCUUCCAAGACCCAUUCAGCCGACGAUGAGGUCACAUCGACUUGCCAGGACAUCGCUUUUGAGAUCAUUAAACGGUGAUUCAGACGUCGCCAAUGGGAUUUCAAAUCCAUUUGAAGAUCACAGACGACGAAAACGACUCCUAACAUCACCGGAGUUGGAAGCCGACACGGAGGUGGAAUUGUCGGCGGGCGCCACUAUGGAGACUGCGCGCUUUCAGUUAUCCAUCGUUUCUGCUGAUCAGCGAUUGCCAUCGCAAAUAGUUGAGAUCGAGUCUGAGUGGACGGCCAUCGAUUUGAAGAAACAUCUGAGCAAGGUUUAUCCGGGGGAACCCCCGAUUGAUAGUCAGAAACUAAUUUUUGCAGGUCGCAUUCUUCCUGACGACUCUAAACUAAGAACAGUUAUUGGACAAGAACCAAUUUCGCGAACCGUCCAUCUAGUGUUGUCUCCAUCCGUUGCAACUCAAGCCAAAGCUGCCAUGGCUGCUCAAAAACGGAACGAUCAUUCCUCGGAGGACUUGAAUAAAUUAAGGGAGCAGUAUUUGCAGUACCUCAACAAUUAUUACUCUACUACAAAUAGUGAAGUUUCGACUCUCUCCUAUGUACCACAAACAGGGGAUGAAAACGACGCGAUAAAUGUAGAAAUAGAGGUUGCGGAGGCAGCGGAACAGCGUGGAGGGAACGCAUUUCAGCAUUUGGCGAGGGCUUUGGGCUUUCGACCAGCUCAGGAGGCGCCUGAGGUGCAGAAUGGGGAUUUGGGUGGUGAAGAUCCCAUUGACCUCUUUGAUUUCGCCUACGCCAUCUUUCGUAUCAGCAUUCUGGUGGCAAUUUGUAUCACCUACGCUUCCUGGCAACGCAUGGCACUUGUCGCUGCUGUAGGCUUAUACUUCUACUGGCGUAAUGGCGCACGUCAGAAUGAAGUUCGAAGACGACAGCCAAACGACACACCCGUUCCUCCACCACCAUCACCACAGCAACAACAGUCACAAGAUACACAGCCACAACCAACUCAGGAAGGACAGGAGUCUUCUACUGAUGCAACCACGCAAAACGGGAUAAAUUCUAGCGCUCCUCAAGCAGUCCCUACCGUCACCGCGGCUGCUGAGGGUUCGGCAGGCGAAGGUGUCACCGUGAUUAGGCAGAGUCGUGUUGGCCAAAUUGCAGGAGCGCUACGAGCCGCCGGGGACACCUCGGUGCGUCUUGUCUGCGCCAUCUUCUCCUCUCUUGUGCCUGAACUGCCCGCGCGCAUCGAUUAG